AUGAGCUUGUCUCCCAAAAAUGUCUCUGUGACCAACUUUGUUCUGGUGGGGCUCAUUGAGAUUGAAUCUUUCCGAUAUGUAUGUGCUGUUUUGGCUCUUGCAAUAUUUUCAGUCACAUUGUUUAUGACUUCUAUGAUUGUCUAUGUAACCUGGACAGAGAAAAGCUUGCAUGAGCCUAUGUACAUCUUAAUAUGCAUCAUGGUUAUGAAUGUGAUGAUGGGGAACGCAUCAUAUUUUCCCAAGCUCGCCAUUGACUUGCUGUCUGGAUGCUCCACCAUCUCACUCACAGGAUGUCUCUGCCAAUCUUUCUGUAUCGAUCUUUAUGGAACUUAUGAAAUAUUUACUUUUACAACAAUGGCAUAUGACCGAUAUCUGGCUGUAGGCCACCCUCUGAGAUACCACAAUCUGAUGACCAACUUUACAACUCAAACAAUGUCACUUGCCAUAUAUGUUUUCAAUGUGGUGAUAGUAACUGUGGGUAUAUUAUUGAUAUUAAGACUAACAUUUUGUGGGGUGAAUAUUAACAAUGUCUAUUGUGAGGCUAUGUCUCUACAAGCGCUUGUUUGUAACGAUAUAACAAUUAAUGUUCUCUAUAGAACGAUUUUGACCUUGUUCAUUUCGAUUGGCUGCUUGCUUGUAAUAAUGUACUGUUACAUAAGAACAGUCGUCAUCUGUCUGAAACUUUCUGCAGAAUCCUCUCAGAAAGCUAUACAUACAUUGAUGACUCACAUAUUGGCCUUCUCCAUCUAUAUUGCCACCGUCUUGUUCCUUAAUUUCAGGUACAGUUUAAGUACAGGUCCUAUAUCAACCAAAGUUGACAUUAUCAUACCUUUGAUUGGUACCGGCAUAGCUACUUCUGCAAACCCUCUGAUCUACGGGAUGAGAACCAAAGCUCUCAGAGAAAAAAUCGUAUGUAACCUGUAUAAAAUUGUUGGCAAACCAAAAGAAUAA